AUGAGCCUUUUUCAUUCACGUGUCUCUCCGGCUUCGCCCUGGAAAUCACAGACCGCCCCUACAUGUCAUCGACAGCUCCCUGUCCAAAAACGGUUUGCCUCGACUGGACAUACCCGCCAAGGAAUGCCUCGUUGGUUGCCGGUCGCUAUUGCUAUUACUAUUCCUCUGGCAUUCUAUAUGUCUAGGGGAGACAGACAGGUUGGCCCCGUGAAAGGUGCGGAAGCAAACCAAGAUGUGAAUCAAACUAGUCAAGUUCAACCUUCAAACAUUAGAUUCUCUGAACCCUACGAUCAGCCUCGUGCGGUGGGCGAAAAGGGUUUCCAUGGAAGCAUUUCAUCUAAGCAGGAGGGCCUUUCCAACACAGACACCUUGAAUCCACACAUUAACGAGCCGGGCAAGAGCCAGAAGGGCGAAGGGGAAGUGGAAACCGCAAAGGUCAAGGGUACUGUUAGUACUAAUCGUCCGCAGGUGUAG